AAGUCACUUCGGCUCAGCUACGCCUCGCCUCUUCGACCGACCCGGCCGCGCUGCCUCGUAGGUAGGGCCUUCGCGCCCCUUUUGGAGCGAUGGUCCUCGUGGAGGAAAUUCUCGACGACGAAGAGGUGGCGCCCUCCGCGGGCGCGGCGAAGGCGAAGAGCCCAGCGCUGAGGGCCGGCUUCCUGGACAAGGCCAAGGACAAGCCCCUGUACCCGGCGGAGGGCUCGCCGGAGGGCCACGUGUCGCAGGAGACCCACAAGGCGCAUGCCGAGCACAAAAUGAAUAAUGACAUCCACAAGGGCAUGAACCGGGGUGCGCAGGACAACAACAACAUCGACCGGCCCGCCUGGUACACGCCAGACUGGCCGAAGGAUUGCCAGUACAACGCCCCAGGCUGCGUCCUGAGCGAGCUCGAGACGUCCGGGCACGCCUCGGAGUUGCACGCGCGAAUGGUCAGGGACAACAUACGCUGGAAGGAGUCCUUGGAGCCUGGCGUCAAGUCCAUCCGGCUUAGCUUCAUGCAGGCCACCGACGAGGACCUCAAGGAGGUCAUAGAGCGCCUGAAGGGCAAUUCGGAUGUGACGGAGCUGGAUCUCUCGCACAAUCACGUCAAGGACGCUGGGGUGCAGGCGCUGGUCGCAGCGCUGGCGGCUGGCGCUGCCCCGAACCUGCAGGAGCUCAAGCUCUACAACAACGAGUUCGGUGACCUCGGCCAGACGAUGCUCACUCAGGGGCUGCCCGUGUUUCGGAAGAAGCUGCAGGUCCACUGGAAGGAGCCUGCCUGGGCCAAGUUCACCAAGCCGGCAGGGAAAGACGAGGCGGUUGCGAAGGAGGAAUGAGCCCGUCUGCGACGUAGCAGCCUCGUUCUAGAAAGCUGUUCUUGCACGAGAGGAAUCGUCGGGUUCCAGCGUGCGUUCCGACUCCCGUGGUCAUCUGCUUAGCACUCUUGCGUCAGACCUGCACUUGCUCACACACUUACUGCACACUUGCCCUACUUGGUGAGAAGAGA